AUAAGUGUAGUUUUGUCAAGGAGUUGAACCCUUUGUUUAAUAAUCGAGUUUUUAUUACAUUUUAUCGACAAUCGAAUGUCAUGUCAUCUCUAGACAUUUUUCAAUUUGCGCCCCGCGCAUGUUGUUUCUUCCGAAGUAUUGUGUUUUAUGUUUUGUCACAUGAACAAACCUCAACCACCAAAAUCUUCAAAAUGGAGGUCGAGAUUUCUAGUCUAGUGUUUCUUUAAGAGAAAUCACUUGAAUUACUAACUCAAUAAGAAACCUGCGGCUGUUUAAAAUAACAUAAACCUUAUAUUAAUAAAAACCAUUUAAAUUAUGAAAAACUAUAUGUAGAUAGCAGGUUUUUUUUGCUUCGAUUCCACUGAAUAAUAUAGAAUUUUAAAUUUAGAAUAGUGAGACAUGCUUUAAUUUUUUCGAUAUGUGUUUCAAUGACUGGAGCUUCAUGCCUAAUCUUAUACAGAAAAGAAAGCAAGUUCAUUCUAUGAUGGGCGGGGGAUUCUCAAAUACAUGCAGUACCUCUUUGGAUACCAUAGAACCAACACUGCCUCUAAAAUUUGUUCCAGUUAGUGCAUAACAAAAUAUUUAGAGAAGGCCAUAUUUAGGUACAACAAACACUUCUGUAUGUAUUUAUAUACAUUAAAUCAAGAAAUAUAACUCCUGGAAAGUGAAACCUGUAGAGCAGUUUAAGAUCUUUAGUCGCAAUAGAUUUUCUUAAGUGUGCCAUCGCGAUGGCUGCACCAGCAGCCUGUACGCGUUUUUCGGACAAUUACGACAUCAAAGAAGAGUUGGGAAAAGGAGCAUUCUCAAUUGUGAAAAGAUGUGUCCAAAAGUCAACUGGCUUUGAAUUUGCUGCAAAAAUUAUAAAUACAAAAAAAUUAACUGCCAGAGACUUUCAAAAACUGGAACGUGAAGCAAGGAUCUGCAGAAAGUUACACCAUCCCAAUAUAGUGCGGCUACAUGACAGUAUACAGGAGGAGAACUAUCACUACCUUGUUUUUGAUCUUGUAACCGGUGGUGAACUUUUUGAAGAUAUCGUUGCACGCGAAUUUUAUUCAGAAGCUGAUGCAUCACAUUGUAUUCAACAAAUAUUGGAAUCGGUAAAUCACUGCCACCAAAAUGGUGUGGUGCAUCGAGAUCUGAAACCAGAGAAUUUACUAUUAGCUAGUAAGGCAAAGGGUGCAGCAGUGAAACUCGCUGACUUUGGUCUAGCCAUUGAAGUUCAAGGCGAUCAUCAGGCUUGGUUUGGAUUUGCUGGCACCCCAGGAUAUCUGUCUCCUGAGGUAUUGAAAAAGGAGCCCUAUGGCAAAUCGGUAGACAUAUGGGCAUGUGGAGUUAUUCUUUACAUACUUCUUGUCGGUUAUCCACCCUUUUGGGAUGAAGAUCAGCACCGACUGUACUCGCAGAUAAAAGCAGGAGCUUAUGAUUAUCCGUCUCCAGAAUGGGAUACGGUUACUCCAGAAGCUAAAAAUCUUAUUAAUCAAAUGCUAACAGUUAAUCCAAAUAAACGAAUAACUGCAGCUGAGGCUUUAAAACAUCCGUGGAUUUGUCAACGAGAACGUGUGGCUUCCGUUGUGCAUCGCCAAGAAACCGUAGACUGUCUCAAGAAAUUUAAUGCGCGGCGCAAGCUAAAAGGAGCCAUUCUUACGACAAUGUUGGCUACCAGAAAUUUUUCGAGCAGAAGUAUGAUAACUAAAAAAGGUGAAGGAUCACAGGUCAAAGAAUCAACCGAUUCAUCUAGCACUACUCUUGAGGACGAUGAUAUAAAAGAAGAUAAAAAAGGAACCGUUGAUCGCAGUACUACAGUCGUAUCAAAAGAGCCUGAAGAUAUAAGGAUACUUUGUCCUGCAAAAACGUAUCAUCAAAAUAUAGGAAACUCGCAGUGCUCUUCAGCAGCUAGACGACAAGAAAUAAUAAAGAUAACUGAACAGUUGAUUGAAGCAAUUAACAGUGGCGACUUUGAUGGAUACACCAAAAUAUGUGAUCCGCAUCUAACUGCCUUUGAACCGGAAGCACUGGGCAACCUUGUAGAAGGAAUUGAUUUUCACAAAUUUUAUUUUGAAAAUGUUCUUGGUAAAAACUGCAAAGCUAUAAACACAACCAUUUUAAAUCCUCAUGUGCACUUACUUGGUGAAGAAGCCGCUUGCAUUGCCUAUGUCAGACUUACGCAGUACAUUGAUAAGCAAGGACAUGCACAUACCCAUCAGUCCGAGGAGACGCGAGUCUGGCACAAACGCGAUAACAAAUGGCAGAAUGUUCACUUUCAUCGAAGUGCAUCUGCCAAAAUAAGCGGAGCAACUACAUUCGAUUUUAUACCCCAAAAAUAGUGGGCAUUAAUCAAUUGAAUAUAAACUGUCUUUAUGCACACGUCAAUGAAAGUGCUACAUUUAUUUUUAGAGAAUACAAUAGUUUAUUGCAAAUAAAGAUGCUAGUGCAAAUUUUAUUAUUUUAUUUACAUUUUAAAGAUAAAUAAUGCUAUCUAAAGCAUAUAUCACAUUUUAGAUAUCACAUUGAACCACAUUUACUUGAGAAAUUAAAGUAGCAAACACAAAUAUAAAAAAUACAAUCAUAUUGGUACAUCAAAUAUUUGUUGUAAGUGUCGUGUACCAAUUGUAAGCUUAAACGUUCUCAACGAAAAAAUCAAGUUUAUUAUUUAUCUAUUAAUAAUAUUAAAAUGAAAUUGACAUCUUUCUAUCUAUUGGAACAAAUAAAAUAAAUUCCAAGAACUU